UCUAUUUGCGCAUCUACCAAAUGCAAUCUCACUUAUUUUUUUUGUUUUAUUCUUCUCGAAUCUCACUUAAUCUUUGUUUACCCUAUAAUAAAGUACAUUUGUUUUUAAGAUCCAGCAAAGCCCGUUAUUAAAAAUAUGAUCGCAAAUGUUUUGAGUCGUAACAAAUUUUGUUUAGUAAUUGCCGUUAGGUACAACAAAUGUUCACCAUCUCCAUCGCAGUACCAUACUUUUAAUUUUUGUGUUUGAUGUAUGUAACGUUUGAACACAUUACCAUACUUGGCCUUCACUGCUUCUUCUACCCACACCCUUCCCUCAAAUUAGGUUUCUAGAGAAAUCCCAUCGCUGUCUCAAGCUCCGUCGGUUCUUCGUCGGAGAUACGGUAAAUUUUUUCUUCUGAUUUCAACUCCCUCCUUGAUCAUCGUUGGCUUCUUCUUUGUUUUUUCUUCUCAAAACUAGGCUCUUCCUCGAGUUUCGUGGUUUUCUGCUUUCGAAUUUGCUUUGAAUUCGAAAUCGCUAGGGCUCCUGGAGAUCCGCGUGAUCUGAGUUUACUAUUCGCUAGCGGAUCCCGAGGAGUCGCCUCCCCGAAAACGUCGUCGUUCUGUUUUCCCCUUUUGUUUCAAUAUAUAUAUAUAUAUAAUCAGUUGAGUAGUCAAGAGCCUUUCGGUGGCAUAAUUAGAUCGUCGUCGAGCUGCACGCUGGGGAAACUCGAACGGUUUGAUUCUUCCGGCUAGUCGAAAGCGCGUUGCCGACAAGCUGUGUCGGCCGGAUCGCUGGAAAAAGCGAACGCAUUAAAGGGGCGAAGAGAUUCCUGGUGCAAGUGGUAACCAGAUCUUUGUCACAGCAACAUGAAUAUGCCGCUGUUGGAGAUUCAACCGCGAACACUGAAGUUUGUAGUUGAUCUGAAGAAGCAGAGUACCUGCGUAGUACAGCUAACCAAUACAACCCAACAUUUUGUUGCAUUUAAGGUCAAAACUACAUCACCAAAGAAGUACUGUGUCCGUCCAAAUGUUGGCGUUGUUGCACCAAAAUCAUCCUGUGAAUUCUCUGUCAUUAUGCAAGCUUUUAAAGAGCCACCUCAAGACAUGGUUUGCAAAGACAAAUUCUUAAUCCAGAGUACUGCUGUGCCUGCGGAAACAACUGAUGAAGACAUCACAGCUAGCAUGUUCUCCAAAGUGGAAGGCAAACACAUAGAGGAAAACAAACUGAGAGUCACUCUCGUGUUGCCCUCUGACUCUCCUGAACUAUCUCCAAUUAAUGGGACACUAAAGCAGGAACCAGCAUUUGAAGAUUCCAUCCUCAAGGAUCGACAAUCAGAGACCCAUCCCCCUCCACAAUAUGAGAAAGAGAUUGUAAAGGAGCCUAGGAUGGUUGGACAUGAUGAGUUAAAGGCAUCAUACGAUGCAAAGGAGCUGAAGGCACCAAAAUGGGGCAUCAUGGAUUUUACUGAAGAUUUGAAUCCUGCUAAUGACUCGAAGGCAACUAAAGGUGGAUACGAUACAUUGAAAAUAGCAAAAGAAACUGAAUUUGAUCCAAAUCCGAUUAGGUCUCAUAAGGAUGCAGAUGAUGGAAGGGGGAUAAAGGCAACACAUAAUAUGGAUGCUCCCACGAAUAUGGCCAUGGAUCUUCCUGGGGAUCAAGGGUUUACUAAUGGAAUAACUUCAGCAAACAGCGUGACUUACCCUGAUGAACCAAAGAUACAUAGGGAGAGAGAGGUUGUCCAGCUGCAGAAAACAGAUGCUCAGAAUAUCAAAGCAUUGGAUGAAUAUAAGUUGGUUAAAGACAUUGAGGAGAUGAAGCUGAAAGUCAAUGCUCUUGAGUUCAAGCUAAAACAGGCUGAUUCAACCAUUUCGAAGCUAAUGGAGGAGCGGUCUAUAAGCUCCCAACAUAGACAAAGCUUGCAACAAGAGCUGGCGGAAGUGAGGACGAAGAAGAUAGUGAAAGAAGUGCACAUUGGGUUCCCUCUGCUGUUUGUAUGCGUGGUGGCAUUCAUCAGCAUUGUUAUCGGGUAUUGUCUGCGCACGUGACUACUCGGUCUCUCUCUUGGUCACACUUAUCUUUAAAUCUCUUAGCAAGUGUGUAGUCUCUCGGUUAUAUAAGACAAAGGGAAAGAAAGUUAAAGGAUUUUUGUGUCGUUUGGGUUUUCUUUGUGGGAGAGAAUGAUGAUUCUCUGGCACUUAUAAGAUGGAUAAUAUAGACUGUAUAGCGUCUGCGUUAGUUGACACAAGGACAUAUGGUAUGAUAAUAUGUCUUGUUUUCUCUGCUUUUUAACUAAUUUGAAGCAGCUUGUCGGACUUGUCUCGUUUUGAGUUUUUUUUUGCUUCUUGCUUUCUUUUCAUCAUCAAGCAUCAUCGUAUAGACUAGUAGGGGCGCUUGGACCUUGGAGGUUAGG